AAUACAAUAUGGCCGCCAGUGUCAAUUCGGGAACGACGAAAUCAUAACGUGAAAUAAUGGAUUUUGUUAUUUUGGAAUAUGGGUGAUCAAGUGCAAUAAUUUUAUCAUACUCUCAUGUGCAAAGUGUUGUGUUUUAAUUGAAUUUGUGAAUUUAGUGUUAAAAUGGCCUCGGAUAAGAUAAAAGUAGCCGUCCGAGUUCGACCCUUUAACAGGCGAGAACUCGAACUCGGGACACAAUGUGUGAUCGAAAUGGAGGGUCAGCAGACCAUCCUGCAAUACCCGCAGUCGCCACACGACAAGGACAGAAAACAGCCGAAGACCUUCGCUUUCGAUCACUGCUUCUACUCCCUGGACUCGGCGCUACCGAACUUCGCCUCUCAGAAGACGGUGUUCGAGUGUCUCGGCCAAGACAUCCUGGACAACGCCUUCGACGGCUACAAUGCUUGCAUCUUCGCGUAUGGACAGACAGGAUCCGGCAAGUCGUACACGAUGAUGGGCUCGCCCGGCGCCGAGGGCGGCAUCAUCCCGCGGCUCUGCAACACGCUGUUCGAGAGGAUCGCCGUGCUGCAGUCACCGCCGGCUCUCACCUACAAGGUGGAAGUAUCCUACAUGGAGAUCUACAACGAGCGCGUGCACGACCUGCUGGACCCGGAGACGACGCGGCGCUCGCUGCGCGUGCGCGAGCACGCCGUGCUCGGCCCCUACGUGGACGGCCUGUCGCAGUUGGCUGUCACCUCGUUUCAGGACAUCGACAACCUGAUGACUGAAGGCAACAAAUCCCGGACAGUCGCGGCCACGAACAUGAACAGCGAAUCCUCGCGGUCCCAUGCUGUCUUCAGCGUGGUGCUGACGCAGACCCUCUGUGACACAGCUACUGGAGUCACCGGGGAGAAGGUCGCGAGACUGUCGCUGGUGGAUUUAGCUGGGUCAGAGCGGGCGGUGAAGACGGGUGCGGUAGGCGACCGGCUGAAGGAAGGAUCUAAUAUUAACAAAUCGCUAACAACACUUGGGCUGGUGAUAUCGAAGCUGGCGGACCAGUCGUCCUCGCGUCCCAACAAGGACAAGUUUGUGCCGUAUCGAGACUCCGUGCUGACGUGGCUGCUGAAGGACAACCUCGGAGGGAAUAGCAAGACUGUUAUGGUGGCGACAGUAUCCCCAGCAGCCGACAACUAUGAGGAAACCCUCUCCACACUGCGCUACGCGGACCGAGCCAAGCGCAUCGUGAACCACGCCGUGGUGAACGAGGACCCCAACGCCAGGAUCAUACGCGAGCUGCGCCAGGAGGUGGAGGCGCUCAAGGAGAUGCUGAAGCACGCCACGGGUUCCCCGGUGGGCGAGGACGUGCACGAGCAGCUGGCGCAGAGCGAGCACCUCAUGAAGGAGAUGUCCAGGACUUGGGAGGAGAAGCUUGUCGAAACUGGUCGCAUAAAAAGCGAGCGUCACCAAGCGCUAGAGAAGAUGGGCAUCAGCGUGCAGGCGAGCGGGAUCAAGGUGGAGAAGAACAAGUACUACCUCGUCAACCUCAACGCCGACCCGUCGUUGAAUGAGCUGCUUGUGUACUAUCUGAAGGACCGCACACUAGUAGGCGCGGACUCCUCAGCGGACAUCCAACUCUCAGGCCUGGGCAUCCAACCGGAACACUGCAUCAUCGACGUGGAAUCGGGCGGCCUGCAGUUGGAGCCGCUGAGAGGAGCCAGAUGCUUUGUGAAUGGAGCCCCCGUGGUGAAUAGGCUGUUAUUGGGACACGGGGAUAGGAUACUGUGGGGGAACCAUCACUUCUUCAGGGUUAACUGUCCGAAGAGCAGCGCGGGAGCAUCAGAGCCGCAGACGCCGGCCCAGCCCAUAGACUACAACUUCGCUCGCGACGAGAUCAUGCUGAACGAGCUCAGCAACGACCCCAUACAGACCGCCAUCUACCGGCUCGAGAAGCAGCACGAGGAAGACAAACAAGUGGCACUGGAGAAGCAGCGUCAAGAAUACGAGAGACAGUUCCAGCAGCUCAGAAACAUCCUGUCGCCGUCCACUCCGUAUCCACCUUACUCUUACGAUCCACUCAAAUUAGGUAAAAUGACAGCCUGCACGCCGACAACAGCGGCCCGCGUCGAGCGCUGGGCGGCCGAACGCGACGACACAUUCAAGCGCUCGCUCGGCCGACUCAAGGCGGACAUACUGCGGGCGAACGCUUUAGUACAGGAGGCCAACUUCCUGGCUGAAGAGAUGCGGAGGAACACACGGUUUAGUGUCACGCUGCAGAUCCCGCCGCAAAACUUGAGCCCUAAUCGGAAGCGAGGCGCAUUCGUCUCCGAACCGGCCAUAAUGGUGAAGCGUCCCGCGCGGCCGGCGCAGGUGUGGUCCAUGGAGAAGCUGGACAACAAGCUGGUGGACAUGCGCGAGCUGUACGACGAGUGGCGCCGCCGCCAGCAGCGCGCCGAGGACCAGCCCGUCGUCGACGAGGACCCGCCAGCCAAAGCGCACGACCCGUUCUACGAGUCGCAGGAGAACCACAACCUGAUUGGAGUCGCGAACAUAUUCCUGGAAGCGUUGUUCCAUGACGUCACGCUCGACUACCACACGCCUAUUAUCAGCCAGCAGGGGGAAGUGGCUGGGCGGCUGCAGGUGGAAAUAAGUCGCGUUGGCGGCCAGUUUCCUCAAGACCGUAUAUGUGAAGCUGCCUCGGACAGUUCGGGAGACAUGAGAGACGAAGACGAAGGCAGUGACAACUCUUCACAACAAGUGACCCUACGCGUAGUGAUCAAGCAAGCGUCCGGCCUGCCGCCCUCUCUUUCCCACUUCGUGUUCUGCCAGUACUCCGUCUUCGGGGGGGGGGAACCAGUAGUGGUACCCCCCCUAGUGUCGGCCGACACGCCGCCGCCGCCGUCGUCGCCGCGAGCGCCGCAACUGGCGUUUAGAUUUGAUCACUCGAAGGACUUUACCGUGCCGCUGACUGACGAGUUUAUUGAGCAUUGUGCUGAGGGAGCCCUCUCAAUCGAAGUAUGGGGCCACCGCUCCGCCGGCUUCAGUCGCGGCCGCGGCAACUGGGAGGUGGAACAACAGCAGCUGGCCAAGGCGAGGUCGCUGGCGGACCGCUGGGCCGAGCUGACGAGGAAGAUCGAGCUGUGGGUCGAGAUACACGAGCUCAAUGAUAACGGAGAAUACGCGCCGGUUGAGGUGACGCCCCGCUCGGACAUGCUAACCGGCGGCGUGUACCAGCUCCGCCAGGGGCAGCAGCGCCGAGUCCGUGUCCGGGUGCGCCCCGCCGCCAACUCGGGCACGCUGCCCAUCAUCUGCCAGCACGUGGCCGCCGUGGAGCUGGGCUCCGUGUGCGUCAGAUCGCGUCUCCAGAAGCCUCUAGACUCGUACCAAGAGGAAGACUUAGCGGUUCUGCGCGAGCGCUGGAGCGACGCGCUGGCGAGGCGGCGGCAGCACUUGCACGCUCAACUACAGAAACUGGUGAACAUGUCCCCGUCUCUCAAGAGCGAGCGCGACGUGGAGCGCGAGCAGUCGCUCGUCGAGCAGUGGGUGUCGCUCACCGAGGAGCGGAACGCUGUGCUGGUCCCGAGCCCCGGUAGCCCUAUCCCGGGCGCGCCGGCCGCGUGGAACCCGCCGCCUGGCAUGGAGCAACAUAUACCCGUGCUGUUCCUCGAUCUCAAUGCGGACGACCUAACCACCCACCCAUCAGGCGAAGAGGUCACAGUCGCCGGCCUCCACUCCAUCCUGCCCAAAGAGCACGGGAACAAACUACACGAGCUGCAGAUACUACACCACCACGACAAGGACGUGUCGGCGGUAGCCAGCUGGGACUCCAGCAUACACGACUCGCACUAUCUCAACAGGCUCACUGACGCAAACGAACGCGUGUACCUCAUUCUGAAGACGACGAUCCGGCUGUCGCACCCGGCGCCCAUGGACCUGGUGCUGCGCAAGCGCCUCGGCAUCAACAUCUACAAGCGGCAGAGCCUCACCGACCGGAUACGGAAGCGGAUCGUCAGGACGGACCAGCUGACCCAAACCGGCGUGACAUACGAAGUGGUCUCGAACAUUCCGAAGGCUUCCGAGGAGUUGGAGGAGCGCGAGAGCCUGGCGCAGAUCGCCGCCACCGGCGAGGAAGCCUCCGCCGCUGACGGAGAAACUUAUAUUGAGAAGUACACUCGCGGCGUGAGCGCAGUCGAGAGCAUCCUGACACUAGACCGGCUGCGGCAGAGUGUAGCGGUGAAAGAACUGGAGCAGGCUAGGGGACAGCCAAUCACGAUGCGCAAGACCGCGUCCGUGCCUAACUUCUCGCAGCUGUCGCAAGCGCUCGAGAAUGCCAACAAGAACGGAACCAACAUAAUGCGUCUGGACUCUUCAUUCGAGUCGCUAGUCGGGCUCGCCUCGGGACGAUCAGGCAGUGUCGCCGACCUUGCUGAAGACACGGGCCGCCGCCCCGCCCACCGCCACUCCUACGCAGCGCCCUCGCACAACGAUCACGAUACUACUCCGACGAAGCCGUUCGGACUGGGCUCAUUUUUAUCAGCACGACCGACGUUCUUGAACCUUAACCUGAAUUUGAACUCACUGCGGCUCCAGACUCCGAACAAGUCAUCCCCGGCGAGCGGCAAACUCGGCCUCCGCAUGACGACGCUUCACGAGGAGCCGGGACGCAAGGCGGACGACGACUCGCAGUCGGAGCCGCUCGACGCCGUCACUACGCCGCGAUCUCACCGAUCAAAAACUCGAGGUGCUGGCCGUGGAUUCUUGCCGACCUCCAAGACUCUGGACUCCUUGCACGAGCUAGCCUGUGAACGCCUGCCCAGCAAGAACUCGCCUUCUAUUUCUUCAAGUGGCUAUGGUUCCCAAGCGGUAUCCUCCACUAACCUGACGAACGACGACACGCUCUCCAUUCGGAGCAUGUCCGUCGACGAAACACCAGACUUCGACAAAGACUACACGCUUUCCCGAACAAAACACUCCGUGGUCGGCCUGCGAAACGAAAUAUCCGAACUGCGGAACGACAUCACUGAACUAAAGAACGAUAUAGUUGAGUCAAAGAACGAACUGAACGAAACGUCAAUGGAGAAAGUGGCCAAGACUCCGAUUUUGACGCCAGGGUCGCGGAAUCGUAUCAACCCGUUUUUAAAGGAUUGUGAGGAGGCUAAGAAUGAUACGAUGGUGGAUCCGUUGGGGGCGAUUCCAGUGGAGAAUAAUGUGGUGAUGAGCCACAAGGGUGUGGCUGAUGUGUCUGUCAUGUCGGUGUCUAAUGGUGACGUCUCGCAUGAUAUUUCUGCUGACACAACGGCGGACGACGUUGAAUCAGUGAGCUCGGAACAGUCGACGCACUCGACGGCGCGCAGCCAGUCGUCGGGCGACUGCGAGUGUCCCUCGUCGCACAGCAGCCGGGUCAAGACGCAGUUGGCUGCUGGGAAGCGUAAAAUGGCGGAUGAAGUAGAGUCAGUGAGUUCGGAACAGUCGACGCACUCGACGGCGCGCAGCCAGUCGUCGGGCGACUGCGAGUGUCCCUCGUCGCACAGCAGCCGGGUCAAGACGCAGUUGGCUGCUGGGAAGGUGGUCCGACGUCGCGCCGGCGGUGGCGGCAACAGGGCGAAUCGAGCGUCGUUCCCGAGCGGACGGAGCGAAUGUUCGCUGAGACGCUCGCCCAACUCUUCAUCGGAGCGAAUGCUUGAUGACGAGUCAUCAGACAACGGCAACGGCAAGCAUCUGCCCCCCGAUUGGCUGAUUCUAGGCGAAAGCGUACACCUGCGCCUCACCAGCAGCACCGGCAUCGUGGCGUAUAUCGGAACUACGCACUUUGCACCAGGACUGUGGGUCGGAGUGGAGCUGGAUGCGCCCACUGGCAAGAACGACGGUUCAGUGGGCGGCACCCGCUACUUCGAAUGCAAGCCGCGGCACGGCAUCUUCGUGCGGCCCGACAAGCUGAGCCAGGACCGCCGCGGCCGAUCCGCCCGCGCGUACAGCGAGCGACAGAAGUCGGCUAGCAAAGGUGAGGGUCUAAACAACCUGCACAGAUCGCGGAGUCGCGGCGACAGCAUAAACACCGUCGGAACGAAGACUCGGAGCAAAUAAGCAAUCAAUACUUCACACCACAUUUAAUUUACCGGUAGAGACGCCCCGUAGCGUACCCACAACUUAUCGAGAUAACUUACGGCGAAGACGAUACAAUCAACGGUGGCGCCACGAGAUGACUGGCGGCAGAAAUGUGAACUAAUUCGUGGCGCUAAACGCUAAAACUAAAGCUUCGCUCAAUAAACCAGCCAUGUAUCGAUACCGAAUUUAUGUAAACGUCCACAAACACACCAUACACUUUGUAUGACACUGUCUUUUUCGUUGCAGUCUUGUAACUUUAAUGGUGCUUUAUAUGUAUUGUAAUUGUUGAUUUUUGACGCUGAACACGCACGUCGUUUCUGAGCAGCAAAUGCAAUGUUUUCGUUUUUACGUCAAUUUUAUUUAUAAGAGUUAUCUAUAAUAUAGUCUCAACUCCUAUUAUACCAUUUUGCUGUGGUUUGAUUGGUUGCCAGUAAAGUUAUCGAGUGAUCAGCAAGCAAUAUUACGCCUUCAGUUUGAAUGUUCUUUGUUAUAUCGAUGGACGGGUGAUGCGCAGGAAACGUCUCUCGCUUUUAUUGACAAGUAUCAAGAAAUUGUCGCAGAGACUGCAAUUGUUUCCUACAGUUGACCGUUUGCUAGUUAAUAUAUUUACAAUGAGAACACCAGAUUUUUCAUGUUUAUUUACAAUUUUACAUUACUGACGAUGCAAGAGAAAAUUAUGUAAAUAGAUAACGAAAUUACGUUAUGUAAUUUUAUUUUUAUAUUGAUUUAAUUAAUUGUUGUACAUAUGUGAAUUUUACGUGUAUUAUUAUUUUAGAACCAAUGAAAUUAUGUGAUCAGAGAUAGAAGAUGGUGUGUAUAGACUUGUUUCAACUGUAUAGUUUGUGUGUUAGGUGUAUUAACUUAUUUCUGUAUUAUAGCUGACUUUGCCCAAUGCUUUCCACGUGAAUUUCGCUUAUGAAUCGCACAGAUUUAUGACAUUUCACUAAACUAUAAAACGUGUUAUUCGCCCCCGUCCUAUUUGACACCUUGCUCAGUUGGUUUGUGUUCGUAACCCAAUUUGCCAUUGUCAAUUGUGAUAUGCUUCUUGCCACAUUCUAAAAAGAAGUUGUAUUUUUAAAUUUCUCGCCGGUGACGGUUUGCCCUUUUUGAAUUUAGACAUUUUUACUGAAAUCUGUAUCGUCCAAUGUUACAUCUUCGUCCUUGUCAAAGACUUACAGUACUUAGUACGCUGACAUCACACGUUCACGACGUUCAAUAAUAUUUGUGGAUCAGAUGAACUGUAUUGUGACAUUCCGUGCGGUUUGUUUAAAGACGAGAUGGUCCUGUCUUGCAAAUUACAAGUACUAUCUGAUAUCUGCCAUUUUGUUUAAAAAUAUAUUGGCCGUAUAUUUUGAGCAAUAAGAGAAAACGGAUUAGUCAGUGGUAAAUCAAGCUCUAGGCAAAGGUUGUGUAGAAUUGUAUCAGCCAAAUGGAUUUAAUAACGCUUGUUAAAACACUGUAAAUGUUAGUUCGUACUUAAUGUAAACGCAACUUUCUUGUAAACUUGUACUUGUUAUAAAUAAAUAAAAAAACCAAAUAUAAAAGUUUCGCAAUAAUUGUAAUGUCCUCAACUUAUUAUAUCCAUCCACAUUCGAACAAUAAAUCAAAUGAGAAAUGUAAAUUAUUUAGGUACAAAUACUUGUGCGUAUUUCCAUAUUAUGGAAUGUAUGUUUUGGUAGUUAGAUUUAUUUAAUAAUAUUGCCUAAUAUCUAAAUCUUUUUGGUAAAUUAAAUUUAAUAUCAGAAAUGUAUAACUAUAGUGAAACGUAGCGCAUGCGCGAUGUCCUAAUAAUGUCUGUUAUAGUUUUAACAUUACUAGUGCGUACAUCACUUGAGUAUGGUAAAGUAUGUUAAAACGUUGAUAGAUCUAAAAGCAAUGGUAGUUCCAUAAUGACCACAGGCAGUCGCCGCCUGCGGUCUAUAAUCACUAAUGUAUAUUCCAUCCUCUUAGAAAAUUGUUCGUAAGUACAUUUAUUGAGUACACAAUUAGAUAAUAACGCCUCGUUAAUUGUUAGUGUUUGUAUUAAUUUCACUAUCAUGUACCCCGCCACUUGCCUUCAUUUCUGUAACCAUUGUAUAAUAAGAAUAAGUAACAAUCGAUAAAAUAUUUAAAAAAUAACGGCUUCAUACAAAAUAGCACUCGAAGUAACAGCAUUUUCAAUUACGUAUGUAUUUAUUAAUAAUUGACUGACGUUGUAUUUGUCUCAAUCAUGUAACUUAGUGGGGUUCCAAACUUCGUAUACUAUUUCAAAGACUACUCGUAAUACUACAUAAUCAACAUUGAAAUAAAUUGUUACGUUCGUAAUUUUGAAGGAAGUGAUCUUAUCGGUCUUAAAAUAAAAGACGAAACAAAAUGUCAUUAGUCACACGCUUUCCGACGUUACGAUAAAUCAACUGUAGUACAAGAAAUGUGUACUUUAAGAUCCAUGAAUAGUAUGCGAAGGUAUGGCCCUCAGGUAGUUCAUAUUUACCGAACGCUUAGUAGACAAUUUGUACUUAAACAUUCCAUUAAUAGCAUUUUUUCUACAUUUAUCAUCCUAGCCGAUUUCAGUAGUGAUAGUCAUAUGGAUAAGUUAGGUUUUUAUUAACAGACGCAACUUUGAGCAUUCAUUUUGCAUUUCAAUUUAAAGAGUCGAGGAGUCAGUUGGAUAAAGACUAGUUUUGUUUGGCCCUAAGACAGCUCAAUGAGUAGUCGAUGUUACAAGUACAGAGGAAGUAAAUAAAGUAUUUUCAGAUAUUGUAGGAAAGCCUUUGAAUUCUCAAUGUGUCGCUUCGGUCCAGUAGUUAAGGUAGAGAAGGCAGAAGGAGAAUAACUAGCAAGUAUUUUGGCGUGGCGAGGGAUAGCACCAGGGCUCGUAGGUUUAGGCAAUAGUGACCUUUAAAGCAGCGUCUAUUAGGUCCUAAUUUAGAAUUAAGCUGACCAUGUGCUGUGCUUUUGUUUUAAAUAAUUGUUUUUAAGUAAAUGAAUUUGUUUUGUAUUAUUAUUUUAUUUUAUGGCAACAAGUAGUCUUUUUUAUUUAUUACAGUCAAUUCAACAAAAUGUGAGCUUCUAUUCAAUGGAAUAUUUUUUUGAUGUUUAAUCAUCUCGCAUGUUUUUAAAAAUAUUAGAACAGAUGUAAUUAAUUUGCCAGUUUGAAGUUGUGUAUGAUAGAUCACAAAUGAAAUGUAUUUUUAAUUAUUUUAUGUGAUAAGUGAAGUUAUAGGCAGCUACGUUGUAGCGUAGAUGGUUGCAUCUUUUCAUCAUGUACACAUAAGCAUUAUGAAGUAAAGAGAUUUUAAUAUUUAAAUACAAAAAUAGUUCACUUUCUAGUGGAAAUAUUUUUUGCCAAUAAGUAGCAUAUUCGAGUCAACCAUCGCUGUCAUUAUCAAUAAAUAAAUGUAUGAUAAAACA